GUAGCUUUGGCAAUGUUGUCACUAUCAGAAUGAUAUCGCAGCGGGACAGAGGAGAACUGGCUCGCUUUUAUACUGUCACAGAUCCUAAAAAGCACCUGAGAGGCUACACCGUGUACAAAGUCACCGCGAGGAUCAUCUCCAGGAAGAUACCAGAGGAUGUCCAAGAGAUAACGGUAUGGAAGAGAUACAGUGAUUUCAGGAAGCUUCAUCAGAACCUCUGGCAGUUGCAUAAGAAUGUAUGUAGCCAGUCGGAGCUGUUUCCUCCGUUUGCCAAGGCCAAAGUCUUUGGCCGUUUUGAUGACUCGGUAGUUGAGGAAAGAAGACAGUGCUCCGAGGAUCUGCUGCAGUUCUCUGCUAAUAUCCCUGCUCUCUAUAGCAGCCAGCACAUCCAAGAUUUCUUCAAGGGAGGUGAGGUCCACGACGGCUCUGAGCUUAUCGGACCAGCUGAGUCUUUUUCAGACUUCUUGGCAGACAGUUUAUCAGACUGCAGCUCUGAUGUUCAAAGAGACAUCAGUGAUGCGGAUGAUUUGACUAUCACGUCUGAGUAUGGAGGCCCGUCCAGUGACAGUGACCUGACCUCUCUGGCUGUGGAUACAGACUCUUUAGCUGAGCUGGAUGAUGGCAUGGCCUCAGGCCGCACCUCCCCAAACCAGCCACAGGGGGGAGCCACCAACAUUAGCAGCAGCUGCAGCCCUCGCUUGCCCUCUCUGCAUGAUCACCACACCCCAUCUCCUGCCCCAGUCCCUGCUUCCUCAGCCCCGAACCCAGAGGUCAGCUGGCCAGGCCGGACGCCGCUCUUCUCUGGCAGUCUGAAGAAAGCCAGUGGUGGCAAGCCGAAGGACGGGAAGUCCGAUUACCUCGACAGAACCAGUGAGCUUAUCUGUUUGGCUGUACAGAAGGAGAAAGAGCGGGACUUUCAGGCAGCUUUCUCCUGCUACCGCAGCGGGGUGGACCUGCUGCUGCAGGGAGUGCAAGGUGAGCCCAGUCCCACGCGGCGAGAGGCAGUGAAGAAGAAGACUGCAGAGUAUCUGAUGCGUGCAGAGCAGAUAUCCAGUCAGCAUCUGAGAAGCAACAUGGGUCAAGGGUCGACACAGACAGUGGCUUUGGGGGCACAUUGCUGCCCUUCCUCCAGCAGAGGAGGCCAGCAGAGUCCAUCUGAGGAGCUGAGAGCAUACAGGGUGUUGGGGGUCAUAGAUAAGGUUCUUUUGGUCAUGGACAAGAGAACACAAGAGACGUUCAUCCUGAAAGGUCUGAGAAAGAGCAGCGACUGUGGGCGGACGAAGCGGACCAUCAUGCCUCAUGCUGUGCCCCACAUGGUGCAGCUAAAGAAGUUUGUCGUCUCUGAAGACACCGUGUUCCUUUUACUGCAGUAUGCUGAAGGGGGGAAGCUGUGGUCUCAUAUUGGAAAGUACCUGCGUAAUUCCAGUCCAGAUGAGAGCUUCGACAUUCCUUACAUCCAGAAGAGCCACACAGCGGCUGUCCACUCUCCCCAACAUGCUGUACCGCAGCUCGAUGUAGAUUCAGCCGGUUCUGGUUCUGGUUCUGGUCCCGUUUCUUGUUCUCCCUCUGUAUCAGAGCUCCAGAACAAAGGGGAGAGGGCGACCGCGUCUCCUAGGAAAAGCGUUCUCCCUCCCAAGCUUAGCGAACAAAUCGGGGCCCGGUCAGACUCCGGAGCCGCCUCCGAGGAAGAGUGCACCAACAGUUAUUUGACGCUUUGCAACGAGUACGAGCAAGACAAAGUCGAACCGGAUGCGCUCGAAGAAGAGGCGGGAGAGCAGAGCGAACAGGAAAUGCUGUCGCUGGAAGUGCCCGUCACGACGACCACCACUUCCUCGCACAGCCGGUCGCUGCUGAGCAACGACAGCCUCUCGUCCCCAAUCGGCUCUCAGGAACUCGGCUUUUUCACCGAGCCGUCCGACAAAAGUAGCCACGCCCUCGACAAUGAGCAAUACCGUGGUGAGGGACAGGGCCACAGUGACAUGUUCAGUCCUUUGCUGUCCCCCGCCGGGCCUCUGUCUUUGGAUCAGUCCAAGCACACGCCAAUGGCGUUUUUCCGUAUUGACAGCAAAGACAGCGCAAGCGAGGUGACCUGUCUGGACUCGGGAGAGCAGCGGCCUUCUCAUAAGCCGCUCUCCCUCUUUUCUGCAUUUGACCUGGGCUCGGACGCCAUUGAGGAUCUUCCAGAGCUGGCUCAGGAGGUCAAAGGCCACAGCUCCGAGCUCUGGGGGUUGGACUGCAGCGAUAAAGGCUCCAAUGAGUCGGUGCCGGUCAUCUCGUUUAAAGAAGCCGUCGUGGAGGACGAGGGUCACCCGCCAGACCUUUUGGUCAACCUGCCCGUGAUGGGUGGGACUGUCGACUCUUUAAAGGAGGAACUCGACACCUCGGGCGUGUGUCUUGGCCUGGAGGCCACAGCCUUGCCGAAGAAGUUCAUCCAGCCGGAUGUUUUACAGCUUCACAGGCAGCCUGAGGACGGGGAGGAGCAGCCGCUGAAGCAGGAGCUUCCAUCUCCACGCGUUGCAUCUUCCUCUCCCUUCAACUCACUGUGGGAUGACUGCAGCUCGGCGUUUGGGUCAGACGCCUCCGACAAAAUGGUUGUUCACCCGACAUGCCAAAACAAUCACCUUGACCUUUCAGUUACUGACUUGCUUAAUGGGAAACUAGGGGCCCGUACAGGAGUAAAUACAGACUUGGUUCCUGACCGCAGUGGCAAAAGCACAGACUCCAUCGCAGCCGCCAAUGGGACCGAGGCGUGCUCACUGGUUGAGAGUACAUUUGGUCUUGAUGGUGAAUCUUCAAGAGUUCUUAGUAAUACAGGUAGCUGCAAAUUCGAUGAAGAAGUAUCGCGGCUGUUCGCAGAGCUGGACGAGCUGUCGUUGGCGGCGUCCCAAGUCCGCAUCCCGGAGGAGUUUAUACGAUGCUGUGCCGUCGGGAUGGUGACAGCCCUCGACUCUCUGCACCAAGAGGGCAUCUUCUGUCGAGACCUGAACCCCAACAACAUCCUGCUCGACCACCAAGGUCACGUUCAGCUCACCUACUUCUGUAGCUGGAAUGAUGUGGAGGACUCCUGCGACAAGGAGGCCAUUGCCAAUAUGUACUGUGCACCAGAUUCCCAGUGCUGAAGUGAAGUGGAAUGGUGGCGACCUCAGCCCAGCUGUGAAAGAUGUUGUUGGUUAACGACGUUGACCCCUCAUGGAUCGAUGGCCGUGAUACCUUUCAGCCAACAGGGGGUGUGUUAAGCUGCUGCUGAGCCAUAUGAUCACUUCCACAUGCAUUGAAUCUACUCCAGAAACACGGGCACAUUUUGUCUCUUUCUCAUCUGAAUUCACGUUUCUUUCUUUGUUGUAAGUUAUAGCAUCGCAUUUGACUAAGUAUAGUACAUAAUAAUAAGUAAUGACUGUUGUCUUGACUUUUUGUUCUGUUAACCUCCACGAUUGGUACAUGCAUGUGUCUGUUGAUGUGUGUGCUUGUUAACCCACACACACUCUCUCUAGCGCAGAGGUUAGUGUGUGUGUGUCUCCCCUGCCCUUGUUAUGUAUUGCUGUUUAUCCAGACGGGGUCAGCUCUGACGAUGGCUUCAUUCCUGAUGACAGAUUUAUGACUGUUUGCCAGAAAGCUAGCAGGGGGCCUGCUGUGACCGUGUCUGUGUGUGUGUGUGUGUGUGUGUGUAAGACGGAGGGAAACAUGUUUUUACAACGCACACAUUCACGCCCAAAAAACACGGGAGUGGACUCGGAAAAUACAGUGACAUCUGUGAAUGUAUUUAUCCAUCCUGCACUUCUGCUUAUUUAUUUUCUCAGCACAUCACAUUUGUUGGCGGCUCGUGUUUUGUUCUCUAAUAAGAAAAAAGAAGCCGUUGAGUGACAGUGAGACACAACCUGGUUCUUGCGGAAAUCGGAAUUGUUUAUUGUUCUGCGGAGAGGGAAGCCAGUUCUCUGCAAUGUCUAAGAAAAGGGAAAUUAAAUAUCCUUCCCCUCUGAGGUUACAAGUCAGUUAAUGAUGACUCUGUCAUCAUGCUAGCGCCGUGUUUUCCGGCGUUUUUUUUUUCUUUUACCUGCUCAGCCGCUGUGUGAUCGACCGGAAGAUAAUGUUUAGUUCCCCUUUUUAUCUCUUUGUAUUAAGAAAUGUGACCUUGCAUGUACUUUGGCUUUAUUAUUUGAAUAUUUUCAAAUAUUUACAGGAUUGUUCUCCAUUUGUUUGAAUAUAGAACUUAUUUGUUUUUAGCAAUAAUUGGCACCAUUUUAACAGAACCUCCCCGGCUCACAUGAGACGGACUCAGUCUUGGAACAUCAGACACCGAUGCCUCCUUUACUUCCUACCUGCAAACACUUUACUUCUCCUUUCAACAAAGGCUGACUGUUAAGUUUUUAGGGAAGUCAGACGAAGAGGAGAAGAGGGGAGAUGGAGUGAUUAAGAUUCAAAGCGGGAGGGAACUGCAUUGUUAAGGGGAAAGGGAAGAAGAAGAGGCCAUGAGGUUAACACCCUACUGUUUGUAUCCAAACUCCUCACUAUCCUUUCAAUUUCUUAUAAAAACUUUUGUUUUCUUUUUUUCCAUGUGCUGUUUAAGAAAGCUUUGUGGAGGUAUGGGCAAACGUAUGCGUCACACAGUGCAACAGCGGGGUUUGAAUGACCCAUGGCCCGUGGAUGCAGUUAAUUCCCCCCUCCCUCCUCGUUCUCUCCAUCUCCCUUCCUCCCUGCCCCGCUCUGACAGAGCGGGAAGUGUAGCCAGUGCCACUGGACUCUCCCUGCAGCUCCUCAGACAUUAAUCCAUUGUGAUGACAUCGACCUUGCUCUGAGG